UCGAUGUAGGAGGAGGACAGGCUCGGACAUGGCGAGAAGCAGCACUGGCCCGGCUGAGAGUUAUCGGUGAUCGCUGGCACCCGUGAGGCCUUAACAUUUUUUUUAUUAAACCUCUCUUCUCAUAGCCAGUGUAUAUGGAUGGAUGCGUGCAGAUAUACAUGUAGCAAGAAAAUCUGCCAAGCCCCAGAAGAAACUAUUGCAAAUCUGAUUGGGACUGAAUGAGCAACGCGUAUAGAUGUAUAGCCAAAGAAGAGGUUUAUGCCAUGAACCCGGAGCUGACAAUGGACAGCAUCGGGAAUUUGCACGGUGCUAUCAGCCAUGAGCAAUCGGCGGGCGAGCUGAUGAGCAGUCAGCAGCGGCAGGCGGUUUCAGCGGCAGCGGCGGCGGCUCACCGGGAGCUCGCCACCAGGUCGGCGAUGGCGUCUAUCCUGGACGGAGCCGGCGAGUACCGCCCGGAGCUGUCGGUGCCCCUACACCCGGCGAUCAGCAUGGCCUGCGAUUCCCCGCCUGGCAUGGGCAUGAGCAGCACCUACACCACGCUGACCCCGCUGCAGCCGCUGCCCCCCAUCUCCACGGUGUCCGACAAGUUCCCCCACCCGAGUCACCCUCACCCUCACACCCACCCGCACCACCCCCACCACCAGCGGCUGGGCCCCGGCAAUGUGAGCGGCAGCUUCACCCUGAUGCGGGACGAGAGGGGCUUGCCCUCGGCCAUGAACAAUCUGUACAGCCCGUACCACAAGGACGUGCCGGGGAUAACCCAGAACCUGUCGCCGCUGGCCAGCAACCCGCUGGGUAACGGCCUGGCCACCCUUCAUAACUCCCACCAGGGAAUCCAGGGCUACGGCUCCAACGGCCACGACAAGAUGCUCAGCUCUAACUUUGAGGCUCACACGGCCAUGCUGGCCCGGAGCGAGCAGCACCUGUCCCGGGCGCUGGGAGCACCUUCGGCCGGUAUGAUGUCCCACCUGAACGGCUUACAUCACCACCACCAUCACCAUCAUCACCAUCACCACGGCCACUCAAGUCACCAUCCAUCCCACGGGCCCGUGCUGGCUUCGAGUCGGGACCGGCCUCCCUCCUCCUCGGGCUCGCAGGCGAACAGCUCGGCUCAACUGGAAGAAGUCAACACCAAGGAGGUAGCACAAAGGAUCACGGCGGAACUCAAGCGCUACAGCAUCCCGCAGGCCAUCUUCGCCCAGAGGGUGCUGUGCCGCUCGCAGGGGACUCUGUCGGACCUGUUAAGAAACCCCAAACCUUGGAGUAAACUUAAAUCGGGACGGGAGACCUUCAGGCGGAUGUGGAAAUGGCUGCAAGAACCUGAGUUCCAGAGAAUGUCAGCCUUAAGGCUUGCAGCAUGCAAACGCAAAGAGCAAGAACAGAACAAAGAGAAGAGCAAUACACCAAAGAAGCCACGGCUAGUUUUCACUGACCUCCAACGCCGAACUCUUUUUGCCAUUUUCAAGGAAAAUAAGCGCCCUUCUAAGGAGAUGCAGCUCACCAUCUCACAGCAGCUCGGUCUGGAGUUGACCACCGUCAGUAAUUUCUUUAUGAACGCCCGGAGGCGAAGCUUGGACAAAUGGCAGGACGAAGCCAUGUCGAGCCCAGGGGCUUCAUCGUCGACCUCAAGCACUUGUACCAAAGCAUGAUUGAGGACAGUGCACCUGAACAGGGCACAACUCAACAUCCCCUUUUUUUUUGCUUUUUGAAGAGGCAGUUCAGUGGUGAGUGCAUAAGCACAAUCUUAAUCAACACUUUUUUUUAAUUUAAAGGGAUGGCACAUAUUUUAAUGUGUCUAGCAUUUAAGAUUUUUUUUUCUUAGAUCACCUGAGUCCUUGCUGUUAACAGACAUCAAAGCUGAGAGCCUAACUGAUAAAUUUUUAGGCAUCAUCAGGCAUGGCACAACACGCUAUGUUGCUGAGCAAUAAAUGUCUAGUGCUUUGCCUGACAGUCGUUAAGGAGUAUUAACCGUGAUUAAAAAUAAUUGUUAGGUUGUGAACAGGUUCACUUAUCAGUUUCUAGUAAUGUUACACAAUGAUUUUUGCUGCGGUAAAACUGGCAGAGACACUGAAAGGAGGUGUCGCCCACAUUGUUUUAAGGAGUGACAACAGAAUUAUUGGAGAACAUUUGUACAAUCAUGCUAUCUCAUCACUAACUAGACUGUUUAAGAAUGGGCUGUUAGUGGUAAGUAUGCAAGCACAAAAUAUCAAAGGCAUUUUUGGAGUCUUUCAGUCGGUCAUUCACACAACAUCACACAAAUCUUGAAUGCUGCUGGUAAACGUGCCCCCAUCAUUACAUUUAUCAAUUAGAUGGAGCUGGUAAUGGUGGGAAAUGUAAGCACAACCCUCAAGCACAUUCCUUCACAUCAUCAAAGUUCUGAAAUACUGCAAUGUCCAGUCAUCGUGGUCUGUUUUGUUUUUGUUUUCAGAAGAUAUCAGGGCCACUGAGUUGUGAAAACAGUUGAUUACUAAAGAAAGAGUAAAUAUUGUUCUCAUAAUAGCUAUAGAAUACUAUGCAUCCACACACUUAUAUUCUAUUUUUGGCCAACACUAGUUUCCCACUGCAAACGCACUGAGUAGCCUACAUAAUGAGGGCUGCCCAUGGUGAGUGCAGAAGCACAAACAUUAAAUAGCUUUAUUUCUCCUAGAACUAGACAUCAAGACACUUAUUCUUACAUGUGCACAUUCACCACUGAACGGGCCCUUUAAGAACACCACUGAUGUGUUCAAAGGCAAGCCUAAGGCUUUAAAGACUCAUGUGAAGACACUUGAUACAUUUUUUUUCUAUUUAUUAUUAAAUCGAAACCAAAGAUACUUUUUUCUGCACCUAAUUGUUCUGCAAGAAACUUUUAAACAAAAGAAGCACGUCAGGAAACAACGUACACACUGUGUUUCAGUGGUUGUCUUAGUCGUUUUGGGAAGCAGAGUUACGAAAGGGUUAACAAGCCAAGUAGCAACAACAAGGGAGCAAUGCCACGGAUCAUUGCUGCUUCAUUUGAUGACCCUCGCCGCCUCUUAAAGUUGAAUAUUGUCUUUAACGUGUGCCUAUGCAGUUUUUUCAGAAACGUUGUACAGAACAACACAAAACCUCUUCCGCUUCAACCAAAGUCAGCUUCAUAGAGAUAUGGAUCUGUUUCUAGUUUUUAUGCAUUACAGUUGAGUGCUAUUCGCACAUUUGGCCUGUCAUUCAAUGUUCGUCUUAUGGAGAGAGGGAAAUAACUAUUUGGUUUCAUAAUUUCCUCCCAAUUAGCAAUUCCAGUGGAACAGAAUACCAACAAAUGGAUCCAAAUGGCUCCAAGCACAAGAUGUUAGGGUGAAGAUUAAGCAUCUCUACCAAAGAUAAUAACCCAUUCCCAUAUCUCGGUAAAGGUAACUAAAUAUGGGAGUGUUUUCAAACUGAAUGUUGCAUUUCAUGAGGUAAUAAACUUUACCAUAGCUUCUGAUUUUAGCCAUAAACAUUUAGCAAGUAUUCAACAUAGCCAAUGGUUCUUAAUCAACUAUCAAUUUGGAUAAUUUAGUUUAUAAU